AUGUCAGAUAGAAAGUCUAUUACAACGUCACAGUUAUUAAAGCUGAAAGACACAGUGUCUGCACUGGUACCAAACAGAUUAAACAAAAAGAAGCUAAUAGCAUUGGCAGAUAUCGAGUCUGUACUCAAUAGCUUAGAAGUAAGUGGCCCAUCAUCAUCAUCUUCUUCUUCUUCUUGUUCAUUUCAAGGUAGUUCUCUGGGGAAAAGAGUAUGCAAUUGUUUGGCUAGAAGGCACCCACUAUAUGAGAUUGCACCAAAUUGCUUAAACUGUGGCAAGAUCAUCUGCACAAAAGAAGGUUUACAGCCGUGCUCGUUUUGCGGACUGGAUAUAUUACCAUCUACAGAGAAGGAUGCCAUUGUUCGGUUACUCAACAAGGAGAAGAGUGAUUUAUUGAACCUUUCCCAAAACGCAGAGAAAAGUUCAACGACUUUUCAAAAUGCAGAGAAAAGUUCAACGACUCAAACUAAGCAAAAGAAGAAGAUUGUAGUGAAAAUGAAACCGGGAGAAAAGUUCUGGGAAGCUCAGGAUAGAGCUUUCCAGUUGGCGGAAAAAGCUAUAGGCAAUCGUGAAAAAAAGGACAAGAAAAAUGAUGAACCUAGUCAGAUAACUGAAAAUGGUGCUAGCAACACUACUCAAGUCGAUCAAGAUUUGAGCAGGGCUCAAGAAAAGUUGGCGACUUUGCUCAGGUUUCAAGAAACUGGUGAAGAGAGAACUCGAAUAAUAGACAAUGCAUCUGAUUUUGAAAUGCCUACGCAAUCAUUGUGGUUAUCUCCUGAGGAAAGAGCUUUGAAUUUAAAGCGACAUCAAAGGAUGGCCAAGGAGAAAUCGAGAGAAGAUGAAAGAAGCAAGCGUGGUGAAAAGCAAGUCGAGAUGGUUAUAAAAAAUGGCAAAGUUACUAUGGUGGAGAAGUACAUCCCUAUAAAAGAAGAAGUAUCCUCGGAGGAGCUUCAAUUAAUUGAAGAGUUGAAGAAAUCAAAAAAGUCGCAAAUGGAAGAAUAUGGAAACUCGGUUUGGGACUAUGAUGCUGACAAGAGGAAAUGGGAAAAACCUAUAUAUAAGUCAAACAACACUAAUAGGGAAAUGCGUCCCAAAGAAGACAGAUCAAGAGUUCAAUUGGAAAAAAAUGACGAUACAAUAGAUUUGGUAGUAGCAGCCAUAGUUUGA